AUGCUUGACCAAAAAUUUCGAAUGCGAGCUUGCAUGUGGUACGACUUCAAGCAAGGCAAAUCGGCUGCUGAAUCUCAUCGUGCCCUAUCUGAGGUAUUCGGCGAAGAAGCCCUGUCAGAAAGCCAGUGUCGACGAUGGUUCCAGCGUUUCAAAAACGGUAAUGAAAGCUUGGAGGACGAAGAACAUGGAAGUCGGCCUCAAUUCGUCGAUGACCAAGUGUUGAAGUCCGUCAUUGAAUUGGAUCCACGCCAAGCCACUCGAGAACUGGCAACACAUUUUGGCUGCUCAAACUCUACCAUCCAUGAACCUGGCACCAUCCGAUUACCAUCUGUUCUGGUCGAUGCAGCACUCCCUGGCCGAGAGAAAGUUCACGAAUUGGGUGUCCAACUACUUUGA